ACAGCCCUAAACACCAGAGACUUUUUGGUCAUUUGCCAACAGACGAAACCCUAACUCUACUGAUAUAUAAAACCGCAAAACCUUCUUCUAAAACCUCUCAAUCGCGCGAGCGAGCGAAAUCCAAAACAGAGGAGAUGUCGAAGCGAGGUCGCGGAGGAUCUGCUGGAAACAAGUUCCGGAUGUCGCUGGGUCUUCCGGUGGCGGCGACCGUGAACUGCGCCGACAACACCGGCGCUAAGAAUCUCUACAUAAUCUCCGUGAAGGGCAUCAAGGGCCGGCUCAAUCGCCUGCCGUCGGCUUGCGUCGGCGAUAUGGUCAUGGCCACCGUGAAGAAAGGGAAACCUGAUCUGAGGAAGAAGGUCAUGCCUGCCGUGAUCGUCAGGCAGCGCAAGCCGUUUCGCCGAAAGGAUGGUGUGUACAUGUACUUCGAAGAUAAUGCUGGAGUGAUAGUGAAUCCCAAGGGAGAAAUGAAAGGUUCGGCAAUUACAGGGCCAAUUGGAAAGGAAUGCGCAGAUUUGUGGCCAAGAAUUGCCAGUGCAGCGAAUGCCAUUGUUUGAGAGAUGGUCUGGUGUCAGGAUUUUUGCUAUGUUGAGUUUAAGCCUUUAUUUUGUUUUGGAAGAGAAACUAAGCAAGUUGUUUUGUUGGUGGAUUGGUAAAAAGCCCGAAUUGUUUUUUGUAGAGAAUUUAUAAGCUGCGGUGGAUUUGGAUUUUCUUA